AUGUCGGACCUCUCUCAUCCUGUCAUACUAUUUCCCUUGAGACUAAAUGACAGAGAUAGCGACAGGGACCGGGAUAGAAAGCCAUCCUCCUCAUCUUCUACAUCGUCAAGGCCCAAACAACGUCAUCACCGCUCGUCCCACGGACGGCCCUCCCGCGCCUCAACCAAGGAUCGAGACCGUGACAUCCCCACGGGUCACUCGUCCACCACAUCGUUAUCUACUUCCAUCUCCGCCUCGCGCCAACAGCGUCGGUUCUCCAUGCCGGGCGUCGACGCCGCCAGCCGUUCCGCUACGGCCUCUUUACUCGAGUCGAGAACCAGCCUGCCCUACCCUACAUUCUCGAAAGCCCAUAGCCGAGAGGCCGUCGGGAAACCGAGUAUUCCCACGCCGGACCCGACCGACUUGACAGAGAAUAAAGAGAGCGGGGAUGCAGACAACAAGCAUCGUACGGAUAGUCGGCAUGCGCCUCCUAGCCCGCCCUUGACGAGUCUGGAUCAGGGCACCCUCGGCAAGGGAAGCACGGUCGGCGACAAGGAAGAGAAGGCGGCAGAGGAGAAGAACGCGAAACCCAAGGAUAUGAAGACGAAGAUUCGAAUUCGAGCUGAGUCUACAAAGUCGUCUUCCAGUCUGCGCUCGAAAAGAGACGAAACAUCCAAGUCUAGCAAAACGGCGAGGCCAGAGACUCCGAAACCCAACAAAGACAAGGAUACACCGACUCGGGUUGCAAGCAGAAAGUCUUCCAAAGCGAAGAUCGCUGACGAGGACAAGCUCCCCAAGCGCUCGUCAAGCCGGGGUACACUGUCCCCGCCUCGAUCUCCCGCGACGGUGCGUGAAGUUGGGUCAGGGUCGGCAAAUGGGUCUGACGCCACGAUUGCACCGCAUCAGCCAUCAAUCACUUCCCGGAAACCACAAACACCUCCUGUCAAACCACCUUCACGAAACCAAACGCGGUCGUCGAUGUUACAUUCGUUCAGACCAGGGAGCGGUUCGCCAGUUGAUAUCACAUUUGAUUAUGGUCGUCCCCCAACUACUGCUAGUUCCACAUUCGGCGCUCCCCCUCCCCCUCCUCCGCCGCCCGAGGUGCCCGUUUCUAUCCCUAGAGUUGACUAUUUAUUACAGAAUGGCGGUCUGGACCACCGAGUACCGAAGACAUUACUGCCAGGCCCGGAGCACCCAGAUUUGCCUCAGCAGCAGUUGCAGCCUGCUAUUGCGGCUGCCAAAGUCUUUGAUCCGUUCAAUCGUCUCCUCGACGACUAUCAACACGUCAUGGCCAAGAAUGGCUCGCUCGCGGUGGCGACCGGGUAUCGUUCUGUCGCUCGGAGGCUUCUCGACCGGCUGGAAGCUGUGUUUGCGCGUGACAUCUCGUCCGAGUCUUGUCACUGCCUGAUGUGUGAUCACGAUGAGAUGGAAGAACGUCCAUCAGGAGUGAGCUGGGGUGAGGUGCUUGAGCUAGUAUCUGGUCGCAGAGAACUACCUAGCUGGCCCCCAUUCAUGAUGGCUCCGUCAGUAGAAGCCGACCUCUCGGGCGACGAGCACAUCCCCAUGCAAAAGAUGGACAUUGAUGUACCCGAAGAGUACCGUGAUCAUUAUCUCCGGCAGUCACGCAAGACCAAGGCUGCAGUGGAUAAGUGGUUGAAUGAACAAGUCGCACAGCCUACCAGUGCUCCCGAGGAGGUGGAUGAUGAGACGUUGACCUUUGCAAUGCUGACACAUCUGGGCCCCGAGCUCCGUCCAUUGUUCUGCUCGCUGUUGGGUAUUACAUCCACGUCUACACCCACCCCACGGACGGACGACCAGCUGCCUCGAGCUAAACCGCAGGCGCUUGUGUCAUCAUCAAUCGCCAUUCAACGCCUCUACCGGCUCUCCACUUUGCCGCGUGACCCUGAAACAGCAAUUUAUAUGUUGAACAACCCCGGUAUCCACCAUGUACUGGCGACACUUGCUGCGAUCAGUGAUGACGAAUGGGAUAUCCUUAUCUCGGGCCGCUUUGAUGGCUUCCUGCGCAGCGGCGCUGAGGAUCCGAUCCCAGGCAUCCCAGGCGCGACCCCCACGCGCUGGAGUAGCAGCCGAUCGAACACGCCUUUCACAACAGGAGGAAUGUCCCGCGGUCCGACACCGAGCCACAUGGAAGGUGGCGUCCGACCGGCCAGUCAGCCGUAUGGCGUUAAUUCGCCAUCGCCUGCAUCGUUCGGUGGGCCCAUUGCGCUGGACGAGGAGACGGAGAUUGCGGCCCUUGCUGAGAUUGAGCGUGAGAUUUUCCUUGGAAUGGAAGCCCUCGAGGACGCUUUUGAAGCUCUUCACUGCAAGGCGGAGGCCGUCCGGCGCACGCUACGCGAACGCGGCGCAGGCCUGUCCAUCGCCAACCAGAACCGCCGUGGAUCGUACGUCGAGGCACGACUCGGCACUCCAUCGUCCGCCCUGGGGACCUGGGAAAGCGGAACGGAGGAUGAUGGAAUUGACGAUGACCGAUCGCUGGCACCUGAUGACUCGGCCAGCAACAUCAGUUCCAACCGUCGACGACGACCCAAGCGACGCACCGAACGACGCACGCCUGCGCCCGUCGAGGAGGAAGAUGAGGAAGAGGAAGAGUCCCAUCCCAGCCGCCGCGACCGCGAUCGAGGCUCGCGAAGGAGAUGA